GGAGGGAGGGAGAGAGGCUGAGAUGUUGAGGGAGACGCGCAGCUCCUUUACGCGCGGGCGGGCAGGUUUUUGCGCCACUCGCUGUCGUGGAACGAGCCCGUAAAUGUGUAUUUGCGGGGACUCCCUGAAGUAUGACGCGUCUGGAUGCGGCAUGUUUCCUGCGUUGUGCCCCCGUGCUGCGGAGUGCGACUCAUGGGAUGUAGCAGAUGGAGAGCCGCGUGCAACCCCGGACCCGCGAGGGCGCAGACCAAGCUGCCCGUCUUCUUGGCCAUGAUCUUUCUCUUCACGUACCUCUUCUACUGCCUCAACGGACACUGCGAGUCGUCGCCCGGACGCGUCCACGACCGACGGAACGCGCUCCAGAACGGCGACGGGCGCGAGCCGCGCGGCGCGCUCGGCGCGUCCCGGCUGCUCCGCGCGCGGCUGUCGGACUCGGCGGACGGCGACGCGCCGCCUAAGAACAUCUCCACAGGCGACACGUUCGGCAGCCAGAAGUUCCCCCAGGCCAUCAUCAUCGGGGUGAAGAAAGGAGGCACGCGGGCUCUGCUGGAGUUCCUGCGCGUGCACCCGGACGUGCGAGCCGUCGGCUCCGAGCCGCACUUCUUCGACCGCUUCUACGACAAGGGCCCGGACUGGUACAGGAACCUCAUGCCUCGGACUCUGGAGGGCCAGAUCACCAUGGAGAAGACCCCCAGUUACUUCAUCACCAAGGAAGCCCCUCGCCGCGUCUUCUCCAUGAGCCGCCACACCAAGCUCAUCGUGGUGGUGCGCGACCCGGUGACCCGGGCCGUCUCCGACUACACGCAGACGCUGUCCAAGUCUCCCGGGCUGCCGUCCUUCCAGAGCCUGGCCUUCCGCAACGCCACCACGGGCCUCAUCGACACGUCGUGGAGCGCCGUGCGCAUCGGCAUCUACGCCAAGCACCUGGAGAACUGGCUGCGCUUCUUCCCGCUCUCGGGCCUCCUCUUCGUCAGCGGCGAGCGGCUGGUGACGGACCCGGCGGGCGAGAUGGGCCGCGUCCAGGACUUCCUGGGGCUCAAGCGCGUGGUGACGGACAAGCACUUCUACUUCAACCAGACCAAAGGCUUCCCCUGCCUGAAGAAGCCCGAGGGCAGCAGCAGGCCUCGCUGCCUGGGGAAGUCCAAGGGCCGGCCCCACCCCCGGAUCCCCGCCGACACCCUGCGGCGCCUCCGAGACUUUUACAGACCCUUCAACCUCAAGUUCUACCAAAUGACCGGCCACGACUUCGGCUGGGACUCGGCGGCUCACCGCCAGAGCUCCUGAAAGCUGUUGGCGGCGUCCUCGGUCCGCCGGACAGGGAUGCCUCCAAGACGUCGUUGUCCAAAGAUCACCAAAGCUUUUACUGUGCAACAUGUACCUUCAUUUCUGAAGAACCCUCCAGAGGGAUCCGACGCCAAAGUUUAAAACGCCAAAAGAGGAACCUUGUCGGCCGCCUGGCUGGAAACACACCAAGCGACAUAUUAAAGGACGUAAGCUGAGAAACGACAUUUACAAGAAGCGUAGCUUCCAAUCACGCACAAUCAAAGUAAAUGUAAACGUGUGUUGUCGAGAUUUUACUCCCUUUUCUGGACCGUCUGUUAAAAAUAAAGAUCUCGCAUACGCAGCAGGACACUUGGUCCGGGUGGAAAGAAACGGACCAGAAAGUUAAAACACACCUUUUAUGUGCCGAACGUUUGUUAUUUAUGUCGCCAAUACAAAGCUUGUAUAAAACUUCUGAAUCUGA